UACACAAAAGCCAAAACUACUCUCCAUGGGACAUCAGAGAGAGUGCCAAUGAGACUGCCUCUGGGCGUAUCGGUAAAAUGGGAAUCCAGUGACUGGUGAUUCACACUGACUGUACAAGAGAAAAAAGAGAGACUUUAUCCAGUUAGGGCUUAGACUGUGGCCAUCUAUGGCUGAUCUACUUUUACCUCUGGCUUGUGGACUGUCUGCAAUAUUUCUGUUCAUUUUUCUGGUUGGCCUAUCAGUCUAUCUGCUGUGGAGGAAGAGACGAGCCCGAAUGCAAUACCGGGGAUUGAUACCGACCACCCCCACAAUCUCACAAUGCACCACUCCAGUGCUCCAGACAUCACAGAGCAGUAGCUAUGGCUCGGGUGUUCCUUUUUUUGUGCCUCCUCGACUCAUGAGAAGACCCCAAAUUAGGUACGAAAGAGAGGGAAUACAGGAUGCUGAGGAAUGGGAACACCACCCAGAUUUGCACACUCAGCGAGGCUCUCUAACAGUAGGGAGUUGGUUCCCCCUUGGCAGCUUAAGGCCAGACCUGUACCAGCUCCCAGAGGAACCCAGUGAGUGGGUUCUGCCCAAUGGGUCAGUUGUUCGUCUGUGGUUUGCUUUACGGUACCAGCAGGACAAAGAGCAGCUGGUUGUGUCCCUGCUUCGUGCUGCUAACCUGCCUGCUCAGUGCCAGGGUAAUAUCACACUUAUAAAACUGCAGCUGUUGCCGUCUGAUGACCGACGACAUCGUCAGGCCAAGGCAAGGCGAAAAGGAUGUCAACCACAGUUCAACGACAGCAUUGUGUUUCAGGUAUCCAAUAGAUGUGUAGACCACUGCUCUUUGAACAUGAACAUGUACACUGUGGAUGAUCAGAAGAAGCACCAUCUACUGGGACAGGUCCUGAUUCCACUCAGACAUUCUGAGCUAAUUGAGGCAGCAGGCAAAGUGCAGUGGAGGGACCUGGACAAUGAAAGCGAUCAACCCCUCUCAAAGAAUGGUGAUAUUCAGGUGUCUUUGAACUACAACCAGUCUCUACUUCGCCUCACUGUGGUUGUUCUAAGAGCACGAGGGCUGCAGUGUGGCAGUGAUGCAGGUGUGUGUGCCCAGAUCUCCCUGAAGAUACAUACUCAGGUGGUGAGGAACAAGUGGACAGCUGUGGCCAAAGGCAACAAUCCAUCCUUUAAUGAGAGACUUACCUUCAGACUCCUCCCCAUGCAGCUGGACACAGCCUGUUUGACUCUACAACUUCAGCAGCCAACUGCAGAGGAACCUGUGUUGUUGGGGGUGGUGGUCAUUGGGCCGUUCAUGUAUGCGAGGGGCAGAGAGCUGGAACACUGGAACAACAUGGUCAGCAAACCACAGGAGCUGGUCAGGCAAUGGCACGUGCUGGGAGUAGCUCACACAAUACAGAGCCCACACUGAACAGCACGCAUAAAAACUCCAUGCCAACCUUCCUCUCUUGUGUAGAAGUGUAGCUUUUUCUCCUUACCUUAGAGAGGGAGGUGUUAACUACACACUACUGAUGUCAGAAAAUCAAAUGGAAUUAAACAAAGUGAAAAAAGGGAAAUUGUUUAUUGAUAGCACAUAUAUGUAAAUGAUGUUUGUUUGAAAGUACAUCAUUUUAAACCAGAGGUUGCUCUUUGAUGUCUCUUGUGACUUGGUGCAGGCAAUAAAAAUACAGUCCAGUUUACAAACACAGGGUUUACCACAUUUUUUUACAUGAAUUUCUAUGACUUUCCCAUGAUUCGUUUGUGAUUACUAAAUAAUUAUCGGUUUCGAACGAUUCACUGAAAAAAAUAAAAAUACGAAUGAUUAGCUCACAAAUCGGACAUCAUUAUGGCUAGCGAGCAAAUUUAGCUGCUGAAAUAUUAAAAGCAGAGAAUAAUUAGAAAGAUUUAUAUUCACAGUCAAAAUUUCAGGACAUUUUAAUAAUGGGCCUACAUGCAUGUAAUAUGGGUAAAGGCCAUGUUCAAUUAUUAUUGAUAGACAAAAACUUUUGUACUUUUUAACCCUUACUGAAAUAAAAAAAAACAGCGUAACAAUUUGUCUAAAUGUUAUUUGCGAAGCCAGCAUAUACCUGAACUGAGUUGGGAAUGUAAACAUCAUUUUCAUCAUAGUUGUACAGUAAAUGUAUUUUCCUUGGUGCAUUUUGCAACACAGUUGCAUAUUGUGACCUGGGUGAGUAUAUGCUCCAGAUAAUCCACUACUGUAAGGCCUCUUAUGGACUAAUCACAGAGUGCAAAAAGGCUAGCCGAUUGGAGCUCGGCAUCCACCUGUUCUCAUGUUCUUUGUACAGCCAGUAUAGAUCUCUAAGACUUAAACUGCAUGGACACAACACUGUCUUGUGAUGUGGCUUGCGAUUUUGUCUCUUGAUUGAUGCCCUUGGAUUCAGAUGGAAUUAAAUUGGCCAUUUUAGCAAUAGGACAAUGAAUGCAUUUACAUUCUGUUUUUAAUGC